AUGAUAUCUUCCGCACCGGAGAGCACCCCGAAAGCCCCGCGAUAUCGUCGUCGAUCUACUCGUUCCUGCCAAGAAUGCCGCCGGCGUAAGGUGAAGUGCGAUCGAAAAGAGCCCUGUAGUCACUGUGUCUUGUCCAAAACUACCUGUGUCUACACUCCUGGGCCUGUGCGAACUGCUGCGCAUACUAGAGAAUCCAAUAUUUCUCCGACUAGCUCAAGUCGGGGUAUCAAUACAAUCCUGCAACUUGAAUCGAGACCUUUACCAAUACCACUCAAUACUCGGGGAAGUAGUGGCAACGGAGGGAACCCAUCGCUCGCCCAGCCUCUAGAUCCAGCUUUGAACGAAAUACACGAACCGAACGAGCUCAACCACCGGCCUCGGCCGCUCGAGCAAUCAUUCUCUAGUGCUGCUACUGACAGCGCUACUGAGACGCCUCUGGUUUCUCCUCCACCAGGUACUUCAUCUUUCAGGAAUGUAGUUCAUUCGCCGCAAAAGAAACAAUUUGCUUUGAAUAAGUCCAGACUGUUCGGCCAAACUCAUUGGACGAAUGCUGCUCAUGAGUUCAAAAGAAUAGGGGCGUUCCUGAGUAGUGAAAGCGGUAACUCCACCGAUGACGAAGUUGUCAGGUGCUUGAAAGCGGAGAUACGAGCUUCUCUUCAAAAGUGCAAGCUCCUUGCUAAAAGCAUGAAGACGACUCGGCCCAGCAGGUGCUUCUCAUGUCCCGCACCAAUCUUUUCUGCAACAGAGAGGGAUCUUGCGGAUCAGACGGUGCACCUGUAUAUUUCACGCUUCGAAUCAGCAUUCCGCAUUCUACACAUCCCAUCUUUCCGGACCGAGUAUGAGCAAUAUUGGCGAAAUCCAACCGAGGCAGCUAGUGCGCUUCAAUUCAAGGUCCAGCUUGUUAUUGCCAUCGGAUCUAGUCUCCACCGCGAGGCUUGUGAAAAUCCUAAGGUCCGCUCGGCAGCAUGUCAGUGGGUGUACGCUGCACAGAACUGGCUCUCUGGACCGAUGGAAAAAGACCGAUUGAGCAUUAGUGGGCUGCAGGUACAGUGCCUAUUAUUUCUUGCUCGUCAGACUCUGGCUAUAAGCGGAGAUUUGACAUGGAUCGCCAUUGGUACUCUUGUCCACACAGCCAUGCAAAUGGGUCUCCAUCGUGACCCAAAACAUUUCGUGAAACUGUCUAUCCUACAAGGUGAAGUACGGAGAAGACUCUGGGCUACUAUAAUGGAGAUGAAUGUACAGGCGUCAUUAGAUUCAGGAGUACCACCAACGCUUUCUUUCGACGACUUUGACACAGAUCCCCCAUCAAACGUCGACGAUACGGACAUCGACGAGUGCACUCGGGUCCUUGGACAACGCCCAGAAAUAACGAUAACGGAUACAUCCUUGCAGCGUUCCUUAUUUGGGUGCCUACGCCCACGGCUUGACAUACUCCGCCGUAUGAAUGGCUUUUGCUCAGAGACGCCCUACGACGAAAUCCUCGCACUAAGCUCUGUAAUAAACAGCGCUUGCCGCGAAUGCAGCACUCGCGUGAAGAGAGAUAACGAGGCCGAAGGCACAGUUUUCAAACAAAACCUAGGAGAUCUUUUCAUCCGUCGCUUCCUGCUUGCUUUACAUCGUCCUUUCGCCAGUCGGGCGCGUACGAACCCUACGUUCUACUUCUCCCGGAAAACGAGCCUCGACGCCGCCACAGCCUUGCUCUCGCCCACGCUGGACGAAGAAUUUUCUCGUCUUGUGACGCUCGGCAGUGGCAUCUUCAAAAGCCGCAUCAUCCACGCGUCUUUAGCCCUAACUUCCGAGCUCCUCAUCGAAGCCGAAGAACCAGGAGCGAGCUCCACCACGCAGUGCCUUCUCCCAAACUACCGGAAAAUGCUCGUUGAUGCCGUGAAAGAGGCACGCCGGCAGCUAGCCCAGCGCAUGCAAUUCGGCGAAACGAACGUACGGCUGCACAUGAAGCUCAGCAUUGCGCUGAGCCAGGCCGAGUGCACGGAAUCGGGUGCUUCGUUGCAGCAGCAUAUGGCGCAGAGUGCGAAGGAUAGUCUACAGAUGUCCUAUGCAAUGAUCCAGGCACGCUCGGGGCCGCCGUUGGAGUGGUCACGGCUUGAUGAGAAUAUCUUUACACCAGGAGAAGACGAUUUCCAGGGUUUUGCUGAUGGGUUUCAGUUCCAUGAUAUCUUGGGGACGGCGGAUAUCGUCAUGGAUGAGGCGUUUGGCCCUGGUUUACCGUUUUGUUAGCUAGCUGGAGCUAGCAUUGGGACGUGAAGAGGAAUCAGUAGUAUUGAGUGCUGCGUACUCCUCAAGUCUUGAGUCAAUAGUCCCAUGGACCAUUCUCCUCUCGAGCUUCCACAUCAAAAACUCCACACCAGUUUCUCAAGCUUCGACAAAAUCAGGAGCAAGAGUAUCCCUUCUAUAGGAAACGGAGCAUCAGUCGUACAAAGAACCUACAAAGCCGUGGACUCGGCGUUCACAAAAUCCGUUCAGUCGGCCUUGAGCAAAAGCGGCUUUCACAAGCAGCGGGCGGGUUUAAGGGGCGUAAGCCCGCUCAAUCCGGCUCGAGGGACCAUCGCUAUCCCAUAUAUAAAAAGCAUUCAAAGCCCCAAAAGAUAUCGCCCAGAACAUCAGGACUGUACUAUACCUUCUCCACAAUUCCACACUCCAAAAUUCCAGAAUCCACAAUCCGACACUCUCCACACGAUUCAAACCUCAAUUCCCACCAUGACAUCC